ACUGUUGCGAGAGCUUACCGGUUCGUCAAAAUUCCCGUGGCCUCCUCCCCCUCCCCGCGACAGAACACGCGCGCGCACGGGAUGGACCGCUAGGGUUCGCCGCCCCACCGGCGGUGCCCCUCUCCGGCCGCUUCCUCUCCUCCCGGCGUUGAUUCCAGGCGGCGGCGGUCCUCUCCGACUCCCUCCUCUCCCGGCGGCGGCGCAAAAGGGGGUUGGCGGCGGUGCUACCUCCGCCCGGUGAUUGGUCGCCGGCUGCCGUCCUCCCCACUCUGGUGCUCCCCUUUCCGGCCCAUUCAUCUCCCGGCGGCGGAUCCAGGCGGCACAGUUCUUGUUGCAUGUACCUGUUAUGCUUGGUUUAAGCUGAACGACUACUAGAUUGGCCAUUCCAGCCUGCCAACUACUACUGUCAGCAAUCACUGGUCCUGGUCCUCAACGACAGCGCUAGUCGGACAGAGGAGAUGGCUGCGGCGGGAGGGGGUGCCGGCGUCUUGUCGCCGUCGGGGACGAAGACAAAAAAGCUUAAAGUCGCCGUCAUCCAUCCGGAUCUAGGAAUUGGUGGUGCUGAGAGAUUGAUUGUUGAUGCGGCUUGUGAGCUUGCUUCCCAUGGACAUGAUGUUCAUGUUUUCACAUCACAUCAUGAUAAAAACCGUUGCUUUGAGGAGACUGUUUCUGGUUCUUUUCCAGUUACUGUUUAUGGAGAUUUCUUGCCCCGCCAUGUGUUUUACCGCUUUCAUGCUGUCUGUGCUUAUCUUCGAUGCAUUUUUGUUGCGCUCUGUGUGCUACUCUGGUGGCCCUCCUUUGAUGUUAUAUUGGUAGAUCAAGUUUCUGUUGUGAUUCCACUGCUCAAACUAAAGGCAUCAUCCAAGAUAGUGUUCUAUUGUCAUUUCCCUGAUCUUUUGCUUGCACAACAUACUACCAUGCUUAGGAGGUUAUACCGCAAGCCAAUUGACAUGAUUGAGGAGUACACUACUGGUAUGGCAGAUUUGAUUUUGGUCAACAGCAAGUUCACUGCAGCAACCUUUGCAAGGACCUUUCGUGCCGUACAUGCUAGAGGAAUUGAGCCUGGUGUUCUAUAUCCAGCUGUAUCUGUUGAGCAGUUUCAUGAACCUCAUGCUUAUAAGUUGAAUUUCCUAUCGAUUAACAGAUUUGAGAGGAAGAAGAAUCUUGAUCUAGCCAUUUCAGCAUUUGCUUUGCUCCGUUCUGGUGGUGCUUUGCAAGAUGCAACUUUAACAGUAGCAGGUGGCUAUGAUAAGCGUCUCAAGGAAAAUACAGAUUACCUUGAGGAGCUCAAAAGAUUGGCGGUGACUAAAGGGGUAUCUGGACAGGUUAAAUUUGUAACGUCGUGCUCAACGUCUGAAAGAAAUGAGCUUCUCUCCAACUGCCUUUGUGUUUUGUACACUCCAAAGGAUGAGCAUUUCGGCAUUGUCCCUCUUGAAGCCAUGGCGGCCCAUAAGCCUGUCAUUGCAUGCAACAGCGGUGGCCCAGUGGAAACAGUUGUGAAUGAAGUUACAGGGUUUCUGUGUGAUCCAUCCCCCGCAGAAUUCUCAAAAGCCAUGCUGAAACUUGUGAAUGACCCUGACCUCGCGCUCAGGAUGGGUAAACAAGCACGGGACCAUGUGGUGCAAAAAUUCUCCACGAAGACAUUUGGUGACCUCCUCAACAGCUAUGUCCUGAAUGUCUACCAUGAGAGGAUGGAGUGAUCUAUAAUACCUAAUUCCAUGUCAACAAUGCCAUGUGGAAACAGUUUGAACAAUACAACAUUUUUUUUUGGCAUUUUUGCAACUCAUCUGACUUUGAUGUACACACAUGAUGCUAA